AAAGCUCAGGAACACGGAGCUCGAGACGAAGGACGUGAAGGCGACAUGACGUAAAAAUCCUGCGACGCACGUGUGAGUGUAACGAGGAGGAGAGAUGGCUGCUGAGAGGCUGCAGUUUCAUGAAAUGGGCUUAGACGACCGUCUUUUAAAGGCGGUUGCAGAUCUGGGUUGGUCCCAGCCCACUCUGAUCCAGGAGAAGGCCAUCCCUUUGGCCCUGGAGGGGAAAGACCUCCUGGCUCGAGCCCGGACCGGAUCUGGAAAGACCGCUGCUUACGCUGUACCUGUCAUACAGCGCAUCCUGGCCUCCAAACAGAGUGUGCGUGAGCAGGAUGUGAGAGCUCUGAUCCUGGUACCAACCAAAGAGCUGGGUCAGCAGGUUCAGACCAUGAUCAGACAGUUAACGGCGUUCUGCUCGAGGGACGUCCGAGUGGCCGACAUCUCCGGGAAAGCUGACCUGUCUGCACAGAGGCCUAUCUUGAUGGAGAAGCCUGACGUGGUCGUGGGGACGCCGUCCCGUGUGCUCGCCCACCUCAACGCACAGAACCUGGUCCUGCAUUCGUCCCUUGAGACGCUGGUCGUAGAUGAGGCCGACCUGCUCUUCUCCUUUGGCUUCGAGGCAGACCUGAAGAACUUGUUGUGUCAUUUGCCGAAGAUCUACCAGUCGUUCCUGAUGUCUGCGACUCUCACUGAGGAUGUUCAGGCCUUAAAGGAGCUGCUGCUACACAACCCUGUGAUCCUGAAGCUUCAGGGCUCUCAGCUCCCAGACAGCAGCCAGCUGCAGCAGUACAGCGUCAAAUGUGAGGAGGAGGACAAGUUCCUGCUCAUCUACACGCUGCUGAGGCUGCGGCUGGUUCAGGGCAAGACGCUGGUGUUCGUGGGAGCGGUGGAGCGAUGCUACAGACUCAAACUGUUUCUGGAACAGUUUGGUAUUCCUGCCUGCGUGCUCAACUCUGAGCUGCCCGUCCAGUCCAGGUGUCACAUCAUCACUCAGUUUAAUCAGGGCUUUUACGACUACAUCAUCGCCACAGACGAACAGAGUCUGGCCGACCCCACUGCUGCUCCACCGACGACUGCAGGCAGAGGGAAGAAGAAGAAGGCCGCAGGGAAAGGAGGAAAGACUAAGGACAAAGAGUAUGGAGUCUCCAGAGGUGUGGACUUCCAAAAUGUUGCCAAUGUCAUCAACUUUGAUUUCCCCACAACUGUGGAAUCAUACAUUCAUCGAGUUGGAAGAACGGCGAGAGCAGACAACCCAGGCACUGCUCUGUCUUUCAUCUCUCACACUGAGCUGGGUUUGCUGUCCGAGGUGGAGGAGGCGCUCACGGGAGAUCAUGCUGAUUCUGUUCUGAAACCUUACGAGUUUAAGAUGGAGGAGAUUGAAGGCUUCAGGUACAGGUGCAGGGAUGCGAUGCGUUCAGUGACCAAGCAGGCGGUGAGGGAGGCCAGACUGAAAGAGAUCAAACAGGAGCUGCUCACCUCAGAAAAACUCAAGACAUAUUUUGACGAUAACCCCAGAGAUCUGCAGCUGCUCAGACACGACAAAGACCUCCAUCCUGCUGUCAUCAAGCCCCACCUGAGGAACGUACCCGAGUACCUCAUUCCUGAGACACUGAGGGGCACCGUGAAUCCGCUGUCAAACAGGAGGAGGAAGAGGAAGGAAAAACCUAAACCAGAAGGAGUCGUCAGGAGCAGCUUCAAGAAGAACAUCCAGGGGAAGAACCCGCUGAAGAGUUUCCGAUACACCGGAGGGAGGAACAGAAAAGGCAAAGCAGGCCAGUCAUAGCUGCAGCUGCAGUACACAUGAAUGUGUAAAUAUGUUCUAACUGUGCAGAGACUUUCACCAGGAGGACGGUGAGGCCUCGGGUGUUUGGCCCAGGCGAGACUAAUAAACUGUAUGGACUCUGGAUUAAAUAGGCUGUUGAAGCUUUAUGGGCCACGGACAAAAUGGACUAUGAAUGCAGAUUUAUCUGAACUUUGAAACAAGAAGAAAAUGAAAGCAACAUCAGUUUGAACUUGGAUUUUGUCAAAUCCAAACGUGUAUGUAUGCUGAGAUUGUGAGAGGAUCAGUGUUCUCUCUUUUCUAGUGCAUCUCUUCUGGAAAUAUUGAAAAUGUUUAUUAAAAUCAAAAUAUUUCUUCUCAAA